GGCAAAUCGCAACUUAUCUUAGCCCUCUCUUAUAAGUUUUUCCCUCUUUUCCCUCGGCCAAAGUCUAUACAUGUGCCGCCUCCUUUUCACUAUAUUCACCAUGUGUAUUCUUUGAAAUACACCGGCUUAUACCUUAUACCAUAUAUCCAAUUCGUUGUGCAUUGCCUCUUCGACGACCUAUAGUCGCUAGUCAGAGGCGUCCUCGCUGCUAUUAGAAAUAUUUUGCGCUAAGAAAUGGGUAUCGUCUGAUGAUAUCCGCCAAUUGCGAAAGGCAGCCUUUACUUAGCUGGAAGCUGGAAUAUUCCAAAAGUACCUCGGAUGAAUCUUAAAAAGAUGGCCGCUACGGUUGCCAAACCCGGCCUCAUUCCACGGGUCCUACAGGAACACAAUUUACGGCCCGGCGCGAACACAGACACCAAUAAUCUUCCCCAGCCAGAGGCUGACGUCGACCCAAAAGUACCACCCCAACACCAGCGAUUGAAGCUGAGCGACUUUGCCCUCAUGAGGACUUUAGGAACUGGCACCUUUGCUAGAGUCUGUCUGGUCCGUCCUGCCAACGCUAACGAAGAGGACCGCGACAAGGUGUUCGCUCUCAAGAUCCUACGGAAAACCGAAGUUAUCAAGUUAAAGCAGAUAGACCACGUUCGAGACGAGCGCCGUAUACUAAGCGAUGUCGCUGGCCACCCUUUUAUUACCGAAUUAAUCACCACCUUCUCCGAUCACGACUCCUUGUACAUGCUUCUCGACUAUGUUCCAGGUGGUGAGCUCUUUAGUUACCUACGAAGACAUCGACGAUUUCCAGAAGAAUGGGCCCAGUUCUAUGCUGCCGAGAUCGUCUUGGUACUCGAAUAUCUUCAUGACGACCAGGGCGGUGUCGCAUAUCGCGACUUGAAACCGGAGAACCUUCUCCUGGACGGCCAGGGCCACGUGAAGUUGGUUGAUUUUGGGUUUGCGAAGAGACUAGGUAGCAGCGAAAGUAGGCCUGUUGAGACCUACACUCUUUGUGGUACGCCCGAGUACUUGGCGCCCGAGGUUAUUCAGAACAAGGGACACACCAUCGCCGUUGAUUGGUGGGCCCUGGGUAUUCUGAUCUACGAGUUCCUCACUGGCUAUCCUCCAUUUUGGCAUCAGAAUCCUAUUGAGAUUUACAAGCAGAUAAUAGAGAAGCCCGUGCUCUUCCCCGCCGAGCCCCCUAUUUCGCCUAAUGCGCAAAACAUCAUCCGUUCGUUCUGCACUGUGGAUCGCUCUAGGCGAUUAGGAAAUCUCAUCGGCGGUACUCGUCAAGUUAAGGAGCAUCCCUUCUUCGAAGGCAUAGAUUGGGACGCGCUUUACCACCGGCAAAUCAGGCCCCCGAUACAGCCCAACGUACGGUACCCGGGCGACGCACAGUGCUUCGAUAUCUACCCGGAGGACGAUGGCAAGCGGGAGCCAUAUACUGACGAACUAUCUCGUCAAUAUGAACGCUACUUUGAAGGGUUCUAAAGAGUCAUGGAUAAUGAAAUAUCUUCCAACUGUCUAGACGAGGGUAUGCGACGACAAGGCGUAAUUUUGGGGGGGUUAUUUGGCUACUACGGGCAGAAUUUCCCAGCGGUCUGGUCAUGAUGUAUUUACGGGACCUACGUUCGCACGGUUUUCAGGAGUCUCGGUGGCGUUUGUUAUAUACCUAUACUAAGAUAUCAUGAGGGGUAGCCUGAGGGCCCUAUCAUGAUAUCCAGGACAAAGUAGCGUAUCGCGGGGUUUUUAUUCCCUAGCGAGUUAUCAUGUACUUAUAUUACUACUAAAGCGCGUCCAUUUCUUGCUAUUCAUUCGCACGGGUUGGAUCGGUCGAUAUUGGGACCGCAUUAACCUAGACAUGUGAAUAGGCGAUAGGUACAUGAUUUAAUACCUAGAUGAAGGUAGUUGGUUUAUACGUAUUAGGUAGCCUUAUGUACUAUAUAAUAUAAAAAUCGCAUCC